GUACCAUUAUCCCGUAUUUAGAGUAAAGACGGUUCGCUUCUCGAUGGCUGGAAGGCACAAGUUCAAGUACGACGACGGAGACGAGUACGACGGCGAGUGGAACGAAGACGGACAGCGUCACGGCUUCGGGAGACUCACGUUCUCCGACAAAACGUCCUACGUCGGCUACUUCAAGGAAGGACUCUGUCACGGGCACGGCGUUCUCAAGCUUUCCGACGGUUCGAGCUACGAGGGCGAGUUUUCGGAGGGAAAAUACGGCGGCUACGGCGUUUUUCGACGAAAGGACGGCAUGAAGUUUGAGGGUCAGUUCGUAGACGGUAAGGUGAACGGUCUCGGACUUGCUACGUUUGCUGAUGGAACAACGGGACGUCCAAAGAACGAAGGAACAUUCCAGGGCAACAGAGUCAUCAACCGAUGCGGAGCUAAAGACGCCAUCAGGAAAGCUCAAGUCGCCGCUCAGACGGCCAAGGUGCAGGCACAAGUAUGAACAGAUAGUCGAGACAUCUGCUGGACAGACUGGACCUUUGAUGUAGAUUAAAUCAUCUAAUUAAACGAUGACAGAUUUCAGGUAGGUGGGUCGUGGUAGCGUUUACCAUGGGCGAGGUAUAGAGAAAUGUGCUGGUAAAUAUAGCAACAUAACGAUGA